AUGAGAGAGACCCAAACAGGGGAGUGUGUGAGAGAAAGAGAGAGACAGAGAGUGGCAGUGAGGGAGCAGGAGAAAGAGAGAGAGAGACAGACAGAGAAAACACAGAGAGAGAGAAUGUGUGAGAGAGACAGAGAGAGCGAGAGAGAGAGACAGAGACGAGAGAGCGGGGGAAUUGUCAUCACAAUAUGA